CUGUUUAUUACUAUAUUUAUGAUCGCUCCACUAUCAGUUCGUUAUUGGCUAUCUUAUCGCUUGAAAUUUCGCCGGUCAUAAAUAUAUAUUAGCCAUCGCACAUAGCAUGUCAGCGAUUUUCCUGCAGUUUUGAUCAGGCGUGAUUCAGCAGUUCAAUUUUUUAUUUCUUGCAUAAUCCGAGCUAUCACGCAGUCUAUCGCGGACCAUCCAUCCAUUAAGUGGUCUUGAACGAUCAAGAAUAUUCGCAAAAUGACGAUUAAGGCGGUCUGUGUCCUUGAGGGGCGUCAUAACGACAAGCCUAUUAAGGGAAUUGUUCACUUCGAACAAGCGGGUGGUUCAAGUUCAGUAAAAGUGACUGGAGAUAUUACUGGAUUAGAGAAAGGCUUACACGGCUUUCAUGUUCAUGAAUUUGGCGAUAGCACUAAUGGUUGUACGAGUGCAGGCGCUCACUUUAAUCCUUUGGGAAAAGAGCAUGGCGGUCCAGACCACGCAGUGCGCCACGUUGGAGAUUUAGGAAACGUGGAAGCUGGUGCUGACGGUAUCGCAAAGGUUAACAUCACCGACUCCCAGAUUCAGCUUAGUGGUCCGCAUAGUGUCAUUGGACGAACUGUUGUGGUUCACGCUGAUCUUGAUGAUUUGGGAGUGGGCGGCCAUGAGCUCUCGAAAACAACCGGCAAUGCUGGUGCACGUCUCGCUUGCGGCGUCAUCGGCAUCACGAAGUAAAUGCGUCUACAUGAUUUAUGCGAAAAAUUGAUGGAUAGAGGUCAGACUCUACUAGAGACAUACUAUUUUUUUAUUGUUCGGCUUUGAUGUAUUAGCCAUAUUAUGCAAACAUGUUACUUUUGGUUUUUUUUCUUUAUAUAUAUUAAGCACAAUAGAAGUUAUCAAUUCUUUCUCAGUACGAAAAUAAAGCGCCAGAGCUUCAACUUAUAUAUGUUAUUUGUUGUAUAUUAAAUAAGAAUAUAUACAUAAAGACAAUUGUAGAACA